AAUAAUGUCAAUUCUUAUCGUUUGACGUUUGACCUCUCGAGCCUUAACCAAAAGCCUAUUUUAUGGAAUUAGUAUUUAUUUAAUAGCUAUCUGCAGUUCAGUGUGCAAGCCAAUUAAAUAGGUUACUAAGUUCGUGAAAAAUAUUUUCAAAUUAAUACUAUUUGGUAUUAUCAAGUUCGUAUAAAGUUUUCUUCAAUGUUUGACAUUCGUGUCAAAUUUUUUUAACGUUGAGAUAUCGUCGAGAUAGUACAUGGAGUCAUUAUUCAGCACAGUCAAAGUUAGGAAAAUAUACGACUGCCCGUUGAAAGAACGAUUUUCUUCAGUUCCUUGGAAGUUAACUGUUUUUGUAGACGUCUAUCACAUCGAAAGUCCUGGUCAUGUCUCUUGAUUUCGUUGCUGGAUGUGUCGGAGGUGUAGCCGGCGUGCUAGUAGGCCACCCUCUAGAUACGGUCAGAGUGAAUUUACAAACACAAAGCAUGGUAAAUCCCAAGUAUACGGGAACGCUACAUUGCCUGAAAUCCCUCAUGGCCAAAGAGGGUAUCAGAGGUGUCUACAGAGGAGUGUCCAGUCCAGUAGCGGGUGUCGCCGGAAUAAAUGCCAUCGUUUUUGGUGUCUACGCCAAUGUGGAAAGAAACAUGGGCAAUGCUCAAUCUUUGAGCGGUCAAGUGGUCGCAGCCGGAGUAGCUGGGCUAUUUAGUAGUGUCAUUUCUUCUCCCAUGGAGCUAGCGAAGAGUAGAAUUCAGGUCGCCGGUGUUCAGGCUGGUAAAAGUCCAAUGGAUUGUUUGGUCAAUUUGUACAAACAGGAUAAGUUGAAGGGGGUUUUUCGAGGAUUUGGAAUAACAGUAGCCAGAGAAGUACCAGCUAUGAUAACUUAUUUUGUUACUUACGAAAUGCUUACUAAAAAACCAGAAGGGCAGAUUGCUUCAACCCCAGAAAUUCUGUUCGCUGGAGGAAUGGCUGGUGUAACUUCAUGGCUGAUUCCAUACCCCAUAGAUGUUAUUAAAUCCAAAAUCCAAGUAGAUGGAAUUACGUCCCAUCAAUACAACGGCUACUAUGAUUGUAUUAAGCAAACAAUCAAAACUGAAGGAGUCGGCAGUCUUUAUCGGGGUCUCACGCCCACGUUGAUCCGGGCAUUCCCAGUUAAUGCUGUCACCUUCUGCGUGGUAACCUGGUCAUUGAGGAUAUUUGACCAAGGACUCACAGCCUUCGGAAGUCCUAGUGAAUUUUUUAAGAAAUAUAUGGAUGGUGUUAGUUUACAGCAAGAAGAACCUGCGUUUGCUUAAAGAAUGAAAUAUUUGAAUUUUUUGUUAUUUUUUGGUAAUUUAUGAAAAUUAAUAAAUGUUUAAAUUGUA